UUUGCAGGGAUGUUACUAAUAAAUACUGAAGAUUGAAUCCAUCAAUUAUAGUGACGUCUGGAUGGCAUCCAAAAAAUUCCUCCUUGGUCUGGUUGCAACCUUUUGUGUAUUAUAUGUGAUGUUUGUACACCUUGAAUCGUCCUACAAAUACUACAAUGACACAGUUGGCAUAGACUUUUCAAAUCUGGGGAAUAAAGAAGAAGCCAAACAUCACACAAAACCAGUUGUUUACUCUCAAGAAACAGGAACAUCUGAAGCUGAUAGCAGUUAUUCUGAUUUCCCGGAUAAUUCUAAUGUUGCCGUCAUUUUAAAUUGUGAGGGACGUUCUGGUUCAACAUGGCUUAGUUCAUUCUUUUGGAAUAACCCACAUGUGUUCUAUGUUUACGAGCCCUUGUACCCAUCAGCAUCUAAUGCCAAGGCAAGGGAGGAUGCAAAUCUGUCGACAGAAAGAGGUCACGUCCUUCAGCUAGCAGAUUCCUUCAAAUGUAACAUAGACAACCCAUCAGAGACACAGUUUCCCAUGGUUCUUGGGCGGUAUCCUAGUUACCAACCAUUUCUCAAACACUGUGUUGAUAACGGCAACUGUCCCGAAAGUUUGACCUCAUACUGCCAGUCCAAAUCUCACAUGGUGCAGAAGGUUAUUAGGGUGCACAACAUCAGUGAUUAUAUUUCCCUACAGCAAGAGCUUGGUAUUCCGCUCAAGAUAAUUCAUUUGAUUCGUGAUCCUAGACCUCAUGUCAUGUCCAGAGAGAAACUGUUUGACUACAUGUUCAGUGAGGGAAGCACAAAGUACAGCAAACUCCCUCCUGCUGAAAAAAGUGACCAGAGGAGGAAACUGUGUUUACGAGAACUAGAUAACAUUAAAAUUGGUGAUUCUGGUGUUUUUAGUGCUGACAGUUAUAUUCGCUUGAGUCAUGAGGAGAUGUCUGUUGAUCCAAUAAAAUGGGCUAAGCGUUUGUACGAAUUUGUUGGAUUAGAGUUUAACCAGGAGACAGAGCUUUACAUAGAGGGAAUUACGCACGGCAAAUCUUUGGUUCAGAAUGGUAAGGACCCGGACGGGAGGUUUGCUGGAUUCAGUGUUUACAGAGACACUUUAACUGUGCUCUACAAAUGGAUGUCGGCUAGUCCUAAUCACGUUCAUGAAAUAGAGAUUGAGUGUAAAGAAUUGUUGGACUAUUUAGGUUAUGUUAAUAUUUAUGACGAUAAUUUGAUCAAGGUAGCAGAGAAUCCUUGGCCCAAAAUCGUUACAAACCCUUAAAAAGCUCUAAUAUUCUCAAAUUAAACAAUAUGACGUAUUUAAAGUAAGUAUAUUUUAAAGUUAUGUAUAUUUUAUUAGUAAUAUAGGGAAUAUCGUGGUACACCUGCACCCUGUAGUACAUGUAGUAGUUCUUGUUAUUAAUAAACAAUCUAAAAUAAAUCAUUCACUAAAAUGGCUACUGACAACGCUAAUCAUUUGCUUUGAGAAAAAUAGUUGCAUUUGAUUAUGCCAUUUAUUUCUGCUCAUUUAGUUCAAAUUGGUAAAUUUCUCUGUUUAGUAGACUUUA